AUGUGUCGUAAAACUCCCAUUUUAUUCAGUAGAGAUCAGCGUUCUCCACCUCCUCUAGCAUUACCGAGACAAUUUCGAGAAAAUCUCAAUGCCUACUUGAAAGAGGAAGCAUUCUUCCGAGCCUGGUCAAUUCUAAACCCCUGUUGGUUGACGGUUGCGAAUAGGAUCGGCAGCAAGUUGGAUAUGUUCUACAGGUUACGUAGGUCUCCGAGGAAAGAAGAACUUAAGAAACUGACGAAACAAAUACAGAAUGAAGAGACAUUGGUAAAUUUCUGGCAUAUUGUUUCACAAUUGCAUAUCAAAAAAUUUAGUUCAUCCAAGGGCGGUUUUAUGUUUAACGUUAAUUUUACGAAAAGCCUUACAACCAGAGUUUUCUUUAGCCGAAGAGCGUCCCAAGCACUUGGGGAAAGGUAA